AUGUCAUUUGAAGGUCGGGUCAAAUUUGUUGUCGUGUACCAUUUCCGCAUAUGGUAGAAGAGAAAGUACCCAAGCUAGAACGAUCAUGACUCAGGCCAGUGAAAAACAAACUCCUCAAGGUGUCCCCUACAGCACCGUGCCUCAUUUCGUCAGCAACGUUGGCCACACAAUCUUUUGCAAGUAUUGGGAUACGAAGUUCAAAGAGGACAGCCGGAAACCGAGAGCCCUGUUGUUCAUUGCUCAUGGUUUAAAUGAGCACUGUUUGUGGUACGACAUCCUAGCAGAGCCUCUGGCGGACAAAGAUGUAUUGACCUUCUCCCAUGAUAGCUAUGGCCACGGGCAGAGUGAAGGAACACGAGUUGACUUAGAAGAUUGGUCCAUUUACAUUAAAGAUAUCUUUCAACACUGUGAUGAAAUGAAGGAAAAGUAUCCAGACAUUCCACUGUUCUUACUGGGACAUUCACUGGGAGGGGCAAUGGCUAUCACGGCCACUCUAGAAAGACCUGAUUAUUUCCGUGGGAUGAUCCUGAUAGCACCCAGUGUAGUGCCUCAUCCAGACAAUGUCACUCCUUUUAAACUGUGGUUGGCUCACUGGAUAGCUUGGUUAUUUCCUCAAAUGCAGCUGACUACUAUUGAUCGCACUCUUAACACAAGAGCACAAGAAAUGGUAGAGAAGUAUAAUGCAGAUCCACUGGUUUGGCAGGGAGGAAUGAAGGCAAGGUUUGGCGUGAGUGCCUUGAAAGGGUUAAAAGCCAUUGAGGCCAACUUGCACGCGGUCACCACACCAUUUCUGGUCCUUCAUGGAACUGGGGACAGGAUAACUGACCACAAGGGGUCAGAAAUGCUCCACGAGAAGGCUCAAAGUACAGACAAGACAAUCAAGCUUUAUGAUGGUUACUACCACCAGCUUCACUAUGAACCCGAUGAUGAUGGUGCUGAAGUGAGACAGGACAUCUUUGAUUGGAUUCUGGCAAGAAUUGAUGCACCCUCUGGCUAGAAUAAGGAAGCCAAGGCAGCAAGUUCUACACUGAAAGAUUUUAGGACAGGUGGUUUUGAGUAAGGCCUGAAAGCAAAAGUUUGGGCUGAUUUUUGUGAUAAAUGCUUGCAUACCUUUGAGACAGAAUGCACCAAAACCUUGACCUGUUAAAUAAAAAUGGGAUACAGAAGCUUCAGUCACACUGAGAAAUCAUGUGAACUAAUGCUUAAUUAUGAUACAAUUUUAAAGACAUACAAUGAAAAAAUAUAAAACAAGGAAAUAUCAGACAUCAAAGUUGUGCACAUGAAGACAUCAUUGAUCUGACAGUCAAAGUUGGGAUACAAAAGCCCUCGCCACUCUUGGAAUCCAGUAAAAGAUUUGACAAAACAAAUGAGGCAAAAAAGACUCUUUCAGUGUUAUUGACUUUCAGUGUUAUUGGUAAAACAAUACUGAGAGCAACUCCAUGAAGUAAGGUCUACACUUGCACCCGCUUAAUGGGAUAACAACUCUUCAUUUUGGUGAGGAAAGUGUCAUAAAUGGAUUUUCCUGGGGUGCACGACAAUUUCCCAUGUUUUCCAAUGGGUAACGAAUCUGUUCCAAAUUAUUUUAUUUAUUUAAAAUUGGUAAUCUUCAGAGAUUAUCAUGGAGGGUAGCCAUCUAAAAAAAAUAUAUUAUAUGAAAAGUUGUGAUCACUUCCAGCUUAGCAGUGAGUACCAAAACAUAAUUGUGCAUUCCAAAUGUGAUUAAGAAACCAAUACCGAUUGUGAAUUAACUGUUUCCAGGAGUUUAGAGGGGUUGAACCCUUUCUGGGUGUGGUUGCAGAAAAGAACUUCAGACCGAGACUUGGUCUCAACGUGAAGACUGAAAAUUUCAGUCUUCAGUUCAAAAUAAAUUUGACAUAGUGAACCACUGAAUGAAAGGAAGCAGUGGUUUAAGGUUUUUUUUUUUUUUUAUUAAAUAACAUGUCUCUUUUUUAUAAAACAGACACAAUAUUUCAUAUGUACGUGGGGG